UGAAAACUAAUAUAUACAGUGUAAAGUGUGAGAAUAAAAGAAUAAUAAAUACAAAUUAUAUUGUAAGAUGUAUAUUGUGUUCUGUUGAGUACCCUAUGACCUACAUUCAGUACUUUAUAAUUACAAUGCAGCUUAUAACCUGGUUUCAAGCAAGACAAUGUCCUAUAUCAAAUGCCAUAUGUUCAUUUCCAACACAUGUUCAAAUGCUCAUAACCUGCAAUACGUUGAUGUUUGGGAGAUGAAACCAGCUCAGAGUACAAUCCAUUUCAUUGUAAUAUUCAAAUUCUGACAAAACCCAAGACUGACCAAGAUUUAAAGCCAUCAGAUCUGGUUAGUGUGUCAAAGUAUCAGUUUGAUGUGAUAAUCUAAUUCAAGGUCUUUGGGUAAAUAAAUAAAGACACAACAGCAAUAUCUUUAUAAAUAUUCUUAAAAAUAGUCUCAGGGUGAAAAUUGUAGCUUCGUUUUUUUUUUUAUCAGAGCAGUGGAAAGAGUGAGGUUGUGGUAAUCGAUAGAAAAUUGAAAAUGAGAUACAUCAUCACAAACAUUGUUUUUAUGAUCAUGCUCCGCUCUGUGUGAGAUAAUAACACCUUUUUCAUUCAGCUUGUCUGUAUCCAUGGUGACAUCUAGACGAUGAAUAAAAAAACAAUUACACACAUUCUUAAAACUCUUAAAACAAUCGUAUUGAUGAGAAAGUCAAGUGCUGUGAACUGAACAGAGCUGUGUGUUUUCUUUCUGUGAUCCAGACUGUUUCUUUAUGCACAUUAUUGAUUAAGAGAUCUAUUCUAUUCUAUUCUGCUCUAGUUGAUCACAGCCCCUUCUGUUGUGCUCUGUUCUACACUCCUGCUUGUGAUUGGCGCAGGGACAUGGGAAGUCCGAUGACGCAGACCAAUGGGUUUAGAGCUUUAUUCUUUAGUCCCGGUUCCAGAGUGGCCUGUUUCUAUUUUAAGUAGCAGGUGAAAUAUCGGUGAGUAUUUCUCAUUCUAAUAUUACAGCUAUGUUUAUCAUGGUUAAUAUUAAUGACAGUAAACAUUAUGUAUUUAUGAGACAUGAGUGGCGGAGGUGGACGUGUCCUGAGGAUAAUUGUAUCACAUCGUUCCUCGACGUGCGCUCUUUUUACGCACGGAUGAGUCGUCUACGUUUGGCAUAACUAGUCGCAUAGAUUUGCAGUGAUCUGACCUACAUGUUCACAGACACGUUGUGAUGUGUGUACAGAUGCUUUAUGUCUGUUGUUUAUGUGCAAACACACAGACACACUGAGUAAGAGGAUUUCUCAUGGUGAUGCGUUCCCGUCACAAGUCCGUCACUUCCAGAUCCAGUCAAGAUUAAUGUGUCACCCACCAUGGAGGGUCUGCAGCCGCGCCCCCAGCCUGUGGAGCUGCUCCAUAACACCCACCAUUUAUCAAUCUAAAACAAUAAAAACACUGUCGGUGUAGUAGAGAUGGAUGAUGUUGCUCCACACCGUUCAAAUAACUGGGUUCUACACAGACAAAGAGAAAAACACGUUGAAACGAUGACCCGUCGAUUUGUUUAUGACUCUCACCUGUACAAACACAAGGUGGCGCCAUAUCUCCGAUUGAAUCCUCCCAUUGAUCGAUAGCUCUGCCUGCAGGUCUGAUAACAAUGGAAAUGUAUGCUGUGCCCAGCCCGGGGAUACCAGGCUGUCCCCCAGGACUAGAAUACCUGACCCAGGUGGACCAGCUGCUUAUCAAACAGAAAGUUGAAGUUAUUGAAGGUACAACAUUGCAAAUAAAAAAAAUAUCACUGCUUCUGGGUUUGUUCUGUGCCGUUUCCAAUGACACCUUUGUACGUGUCGUUCAUCCUCACACAGCCCUUGUCGGUUUCGAGAGCAACAACAAGUAUGAAGUCCGUAACGCCAUGGGUCAGAACGUGUUCUACGCCGUCGAGGAGAACGACUGCCUGAGUCGACAGUGCUGCGGCCCCAUGCGCUCCUUCACCAUCCACAUCCUCGACAAUUACGGACAGGAGGUCAUCACCAUCACCAGACCACUUAAGUGCAUGUCUUGCUUCUUCCCUUGCUGUUUGCAAGAGCUGGAGGUGCAGUCUCCCCCUGGUAAUACAGUGGGGUACGUUGUACAACAGUGGCAUCCGUUCUCCCCUAAAUUCCUGGUCACGGACGAACACUGCGAGCCUGUGCUGAAGAUCCAUGGGCCCUUCUGUGGAUGGAGCUGCCUGCCAGAUGUUGACUUUGAGAUUCUGACCAUGGAUGAAGUCAGUAAAAUUGGGAAGAUCAGUAAACAGUGGACGGGACUUCUGCGGGAAAUGUUCACAGACUCAGACAACUUUGGCAUCCAGUUCCCCAUGGACCUGGACGUGAGGAUGAAGGCUGUGAUGAUCGGCGCAUGUUUCCUCAUCGAUUUCAUGUUCUUUGAGGCGACUAACUAGGAGCCAAGCAGGAUUUCCGAGAAAGCAUUUAACAUUACUGGAAGAACAAGGCCAUAAAGCCAUGAUGAUCAGUACCGAAAGCCCUGAAACAGAACAACAGGUCCAACGGAUGGUGUAGAGAAAGUACUAAAAGGUAUCCACGAGUUUUCAUUUUGCAUGAACAGUGAAGCCUGGGUGGUUGUUUUAGUCUUUGCUGCUCAGGUUGAAAUACAUGAUACUGGGCCCUGAGUGCAAAACUUUAAAAUUAAAUAAUAAUAACCAGAAUCACUUAAAUGAAGAGUUUGUGAAGGAAGGAUUUGGUUUCCUCAUAGUUUGGAUGCAAAGGGCGUCAGACUCGUGUGCUUUGGACAGAUCAAUAGUCAAGAUGUUACUUUAUAGAGAUCACUAAGCUUGUUGUUAUAUUAUGAGACCUGCAGGACUUGUGUGCUGCAUUAGUUUGUAGAUCUUAUUUAUUGAUUUAUAUUUUGUGUUAUUUGUCAACUUCAGUGUGUGAGGUGCACGCCGCUUUUCGUGUCUGUGUGCUUAUGAGUGCACUUGUGUGUGUUCACAGAAACAUGAACUAUCAUAGGAAUUAAGUUGAUUUUCGAUGCCAUAACAAUUAUGCAGCAUUGACUCUGACAGUUUAUUAUACUGUCCCGGUCUUGUCCACUAGAGGGAGCCAGCUUUUCAUUUAAGAAUAAUGCCCGAAAGAACAAACUUAACUUUUAAAUCAAAUACUAGAGUGUGAUGACAUUGUAUAUUUUUUGGGACAAACUCAGGUUGAACUGCAUGUUACUGCAAAAUAGUGUUGGCUACAUGCUACUUACUGCUGGCUCUGGGACUCAUACACGUGAGUGUUUAAGUACUUUGGAGGAGGUUUUUUUUUUUACAUUAAAUUAUAUAAAUAUCAAUGUUAUAUGUCAUAUUUUGCAAAUAUAUCCUGGUGCAUCCUGGAUUUUUAAAUCUAUUUCACUGUUACAUUACAUGUGGAACAGUUUCACAUUCAAAGCUCGGAAAAAACAGCUGAUGAGGCUGAGCAUCUUGCAGCAUUAUAAAGUUGAUUGGAUGAGGCAAUCAGUCUGAUUAGGAAAGUAUUGCAGCAAAGACAUUAGCUAUGUGCUACAUCAACAUUAAUGUUCCUGUGUAGCAGCAUGAGUCAUAUGUAUGCAUCUGGAAAACUGUUACAAACACCCACCUAAAGUCAUUUCAACAGGUAUUAAGUCAUAAAAGCUUAAAAGGCUUUUUAUUUUUGUAAUAAGUAUCAUAAACAGCCAGCUGGGAGAUUUUUCCAUUGGCAGACUCAUAUUUCCUUGUGUCAACAGUGUUGUUUUUCUGCCUUCAGUACAAUGACACUUGUUUGUAAAAUUACCAUAAGUGGAUUUACCUUUUAAAAGCAGCAUUUCAAGACACACUAUGUGAUCAAGUGCUUAAGAUGGAUGUUGUUUUUGCAGAUUGCUCUGUUUUUAUGGCUUAAGUUGUUGAGAAAGUAUUAAUUUAUGUAAAAAAUAUAAUUACAUUCUUGCCAUUAACAUUAUUUUUGGUGGAAAGCAUUACCACUAGAAGCUGGUACUGGAUCCUCUAAAGGCUCUUUGAUUGUGUUUAAAAGCCAAAUAUUCAAGUCAGAAUGUGAUACAAAGGGAACUAAGCUAUUUCUAGUUAGUUGUAUAUUUAACAGUUAAAGUACUUAUUCUUCUACUUUUGCACUAAUACUGUGAACUAAUGAACCCUGUCGUCAUUUAGUCAUGCAAUGAAUGCAAACUAACUCUGUGAGCUGAGCUUCAAUAAAACACAAGUGU